UCCCCUUAGCCAUGGGGCAAUGCCGCAAGGUGCACAAAAGCCUGAUGCUCAACAGUUUUCAGUGGAUAGAUCAACUAGCUUGUCAGAUAUGUGGUGUGUUUCAAAUACAUGGCUACACAAACCAAAUCUCAGACGAUCCGACGGUAAUGAAAAGGAAACUGUUAACGAAUUUGACGAGGCUGAUAACAAAUUCCAGCAUAUGCUCCAGGAGUUGGAGAGUGUAAGAAAACAAGCUUACGAAGACAACUGCAGUCGUGAAAAGGCAGAAAGGGAGUUGUUUGAGGCUUUCCAGAAAGCACGAGCCUCUGAGAGUAUGUACUUCGGAGAAGUGAAGCAAAAGAAUCAAAUAGAGGAUAAGUUGAAAACAACACUGGAGGAAGUUGAAAGACUCACAGAAACAACUAAUGAACUUUGUGCAAAGCUUCAAGAUGAACGCAAGAAAAGAUUAGCCAUGGAGAAAACAACUUCCCAUUCAGACCGUAUUAUCAAGGAUUUGAUGUUGCAGCGUGACAAGGCAGUAAGAGAGGUAGAAGCACUACAUGCAAAGAAAGGAGAGUCUAGUGGAACCUCGGAGGGGACAAUGCACAUCACGGAGUUGUCCUGCUCGGAGAUUAACGGAGCAACCAACAACUUUGACCACUCACUGAAGGUUGGAGAAAGUGUUUAUGGAAGUGUGUACAAGGGCUUUCUUCGGCACACAAAUGUAGCUGUAAAGAAGUUGAAUCCUGAAAGCACACAGUCACAGUCGCAGUUCAAUCAAGAGAUAGAGAUUCUCAGCAGGGUUCGACAUCCAAACCUGGUGACUCUUAUAGGAGCUUGCAAGGACGCUCAAGCUCUUGUCUACGAAUACAUGCCCAAUGGAAGCUUGGAUGACCGCCUGGCUUGCAAAGACAAUUCUAAACCUCUCAGUUGGCAGUUGCGCACCCGCAUCAUUUCUGAUGUUUGCUCCGCGCUCAUCUUUCUCCAUUCUAAUAAACCCCAUAGCAUUGUCCACAGUGACCUUAAAGCAUUGAACAUUCUUCUUGAUGGAAACAAUGUAGCAAAGCUCAGUGGUUUUGGCGUGUGCCGAAUGUUCACUGAUGAGUUCAGGGGCAGAACCACUCUAUAUAAGCAUACCCACCCAAAGGGGUCUUUUGUGUACAUUGAUCCUGAAUAUGUUAUGACUGGUGACCUGACCCCCCUAUCUGAUGUAUACUCUUUCGGAAUCGUGCUACUGCGCCUUUUGACUGGAAGACCAGGAUUCGGGCUGUUGAAAGAUGUGCAACGGGCAGUGGAAAAGGGUUGCCUGGAAGCAAUUUUGGAUUCAUCUGCUGGGGGCUGGCCAGCUAUGCAGGCUGAGCAAUUGGCUCGGGUAGGUCUGAAAUGUUGUGAAAUCAGAAGAAAAAACCGCCCUGACCUGCAACCGGAGGUUUGGACUGUACUUGAACCAAUGUUGAAGUCUAGUUCCAUCAUUUUGUGUUCCUUAUCAUUUAAAUCAGUAUCCGAAGACCUUGGAGGUGUGCCGCCCUACUUCAUCUGUCCAAUACUACAGGAUAUCAUGAGGGAGCCUCUAAUUGCUGCAGAUGGUUUUACCUAUGAAGCCGAAGCUAUAAGGGAGUGAAUUGACAAUGGCCACCAUACAUCACCCAUGACAAAUCUCGAGCUACUCCACUGUGAUCUUUUGCCGAACCAUGCCCUCCGCUCUGCGAUCCAAGAAUGGCUGCAGACAAAUGCAAAUUAAUAUGUUAGCUUUAUCACCAUGGAACUUUGAGAUGAACAAUUGGUGUGCGCUUAACUCCUUACACAGAUUAAUAGGCACAAACCGCAAAAACCAAACGCUUCUGUGUGUAUUCAGAAAGAAUGAUCUAAGAUAUACACAUUACUUUUCAUUUUGUUUCUUGAGCAAAACGUGUAUGUAAAACAAAAUAGUUUGGAGCUCCAUCAGUGGCAUGCUGUACUUUGUACAUGGAUUUAUAAAGUGAAAACUGUUUAGGUGAUGAUAUCACCAUCGCAUGUGCACACUGCUUGAAUGAACAAUCAAUAUUGG